AUGACUGCAGUCUGGCGAGGCCUACAGUAUUGCCAUCAACAAGAAGUGGUACAUCGAGAUGUAAAACCGGAGAUUGUUCUCAUGAGCGGCUACGAUUCCAUUAAACAAGCCGAUUUUAGAAUGAGUACAAAUCUAAAGCCCAAAACAUUCUGCGGUAUAAUUGGAUACUUGGCUCCAGAAAUCCUCACUGGCCAAUCAUACACGAGCAGUGUAAACAUAUAUGCAUCUGGGAUCAUGUUCCACGAGAUGAUACACGGGGACAUUGAUCAGUUUAUCAAUUGCUCUUUGGAUGACAAAAGCUCCAAGUCUUCUUAUCAACCACCGAAGACCAUCAGCAAAGAUCUCGGUGAUCUACUUCAAAAUCUCACUGCAGCAUCGGCGAAGAAACUCCCAACUGCGCUGGAAAUCGGAGAAAGAUGCCGAAGACGUUCAAAUCGAUUGGGGAUUCCAAAUAUCGGAGAAGACAUGUGA